GACGGAACUGUGCCUGCGGAAUUGUUCUUCUUGCGGUAGGAGCCAAUUUUGUGUUGCACUGCUGGAUGUUUGAUAACCGUCUGUUUACUGCUGAGCUGCUCUUCAUAGCUUGAGCCCCUCAGGUGAGAUGCUGCUGCCUCUUCUGCUGCGUCCGUCCUUCUCGCCCCCGUUGACGGGAUGCGUCCGGGGGCUUCACGGCAGCUCUCAGAGGACCCUGCUCUCCCAGUGUGAACAUUUGCUUCGGCGGCGGCGGCCUGCGUCUCGCCUCCCGACGAGAAACCACAGCAGGAAGUCCAGGGGUCAGGAGGAGGAGUGGAGGACCAGGAACAAGACGGUGCUGACAUACAUUGCUGCUGCCGGGGUGGGAAUGAUCGGGCUGUCCUAUGCUUCUGUACCUCUGUACCGCCUCUACUGCCAGGCAACGGGGCUAGGCGGCACGGCUGUUGCUGGACACGACACGGAUCAGGUGGAGACAAUGAAACCGGUGAAAGAGCGCAUCAUCAAGGUGACCUUCAACGCCGACACGCACGCCAGCAUCCAGUGGAACUUCAGACCUCAGCAGACGGAGAUCUACGUGGUCCCGGGCGAAACGGCGCUGGCCUUCUACAGAGCCAAGAACCCGACAGACAAACCCAUCAUCGGCAUUUCCACCUACAACGUGGUGCCAUUUGAUGCGGGACAGUACUUCAACAAAAUCCAGUGCUUCUGCUUUGAGGAGCAGCGUCUCAAUCCUCACGAGGAGGUCGACAUGCCCGUCUUCUUCUACAUCGACCCGGAGUUCGACGACGACCCGCGGAUGGCUCGGGUCGACACCAUCACGCUGUCCUACACCUUCUUCGAGGCCAAGGAGGGUCAGCAGCUGCCUCUGCCCGGGUACAGUUACAACUGAGCCGAAUGCGGAGACGUCCGCCGGAGGAACCGAAGGCCGGAAAGAGACUCGUCACGUUCAUUGUYUGAGCAAAUAAUCCUCCAUCUUCUGACGACCCUCCACGAUAAUCCGAAAGCAAACGUGAAGGUUUUUUUUGUUUUUUACUUAAUUUUCUGAACAUUGAAGCGUUGCUCUGAACGGCAUAUUAAGAAGAAGAAGAGUUAUGGGUUACGGUGACCCUGGUCCGGUCCAUUUGAUGCCUUAAAAUGACAAGCAAGAAGCASCGGAAYUUGAAAGACGCUAAAAAAUUCAGACUSAAGCGAUUUUUCUGGUGCUGCUGAAAGACUGGAAGCUCAAAGCCGUCGAGGUGGAGCUUUACGGGAAUGUUUAUUUUCAGUCMCCUGUCAGGAAGCGGAUCAGUAAAUCCUGAUCUGCGCUUCCWUCCGAAACAUACACCUGUGUUUCCUGUGGUUCUUUCCGAGUCCUGCUGGUUUUUCCAUGAAACAACCUCAGAGACGUCCAGCAGCUCCGAUCUGCAGAACCAUCGUACUCCUUCUGGGGAAUAAUAUAAAUGUCUGCACAUAUGCAUCACGUCUUUGUAUGUUUGGUUUUUCUUUUGCUUUUUAUUUGGUUUUAUUGGACCUUCUCACWAGUGGGUKUCCUAUGUAUGCAUAAGAAUGAGAAAAUAAAUAAAGAGUAUUUGCUUUUUAAUGA